UUUCCUUUUUUUCUUCCAGGCUUUAUCAACUUGAACACAAAGGAACAUAAUCUUACUGGGAGAGCAGAAGGCAAUACAGAGAAGGAAUAUACAGAAAGAGAUCAGAUUUUUUUUGUGACUACAGUCAACCCAUGAAGAGUGAGCGCUCUCAGCUACUUACAUAAUACCGUGGAGAAGAUGUAUGCUAGUCGAGAGGAUAUUGGAUAUGAUUUCGGAGAUGACUCAAAAGUUGGAAGUAAGCCAAUUAAGCCUAAUCCAAACAUCGAUGGAGGAUGGGCUUGGAUGAUUGUACUCUCCUCUUUCCUCGUACACAUACUUAUCAUGGGGUCCCAGAUGGCACUUGGAAUCCUCAACGUGGAGUGGCUUGAAGAGUUUAAUCAAAGUCGUGGCUUAACAGCGUGGGUUAGCUCCCUCAGCAUGGGCAUUACACUUAUUGUAGGUCCUUUCAUUGGUUUAUUCAUCAGCAUGUGUGGGUGCCGCAAGACAGCUAUAAUUGGAGGGAUAUUGAAUGCUCUAGGUUGGAUACUGAGUGCCUAUGCCUCAAAUGUGCACUACCUCUUCCUUACGUUUGGAGUAACAGCUGGUGUUGGAAGUGGCAUGGUUUAUCUGCCUGCGGUGGUGAUGGUAGGGCAGUAUUUUCAGAAGAGAAGAGCGCUCGCACAAGGACUCAGUACCACUGGAACAGGGUUUGGAGCUUUCCUAAUGACUGCCUUACUGAAGUACCUCUGCAUCGAAUUUGGGUGGAGGAACGCCAUGUUCAUCCAGGGCGCCAUCUCCCUGAACCUUUGUGUCUGUGGAGCGCUCAUGAGACCACUCGCUCCCAAAGAUGUUGUUAGUGAAAAAUACAUUGUGAGAAGUAAUAGUGAAGAUAAUCAGGCAAAAGCUCUGUCCCAUUCUGCAGAGACUAUAAAAUCUAAUGGAGUCCUCAGUGAUGAACCAGAAAAAAAAGAAGAGACAAAUGAAGAAGUGCUUGACAGUGUUCAGCACAUAGAAAUUGGAGGUAAAUCUAGAAGCGGAAGGAAUAUGUAUGGACUGCGCAUUCUUAAGACAGUGAGCCAGCUGACGGUUACAGUCAGGAAGGGCUUUGCAAUGUGGUACUCCAGCUACUUUGGAGCUGCAUCACUGUUUACCAAUAGAGUAUUUGUGGCCUUUAUAAUUUGGGCUUUGUUUGCCUAUAGCAGCUUUGUCAUUCCCUUUAUUCAUCUUCCAGAAAUAGUCAAACAGUACAACUUAUCUAGUCAGAACAAUAUUUUUCCUUUGACAUCGAUUAUAGCCAUUGUUCAUAUUUUUGGUAAAGUGAUCCUUGGAAUCAUCUCUGAUCUCCCAUGCAUCAGCACGUGGAAUGUCUUCCUCAUGGCUAACUUUACCCUGGUCACCUGCAUUCUUACUUUGCCACUAAUGCAAACCUAUGUCAGCCUGGCUGUAGUUUGUGCUCUAAUAGGAUUUUCUAGUGGCUAUUUUUCUCUAAUGCCUGUUGUGACCGAAGAUUUAGUUGGAACUAAACACCUUGCAAAUGCCUAUGGCAUCAUCAUUUGUGCCAACGGAAUAUCUGCAUUGUUUGGACCACCCUUUGCAGGUUGGAUCUAUGACAUCACACAUAAAUAUGAUUUUUCAUUUUACAUAUCUGGCUUGCUAUACAUGGUGGGAAUAAUAUUUUUACUUAUACAACCUUGUAUUCAAAAGAAACAAUCAAGAGAAAAAUCUACAGAAGAAGCACAAGUAUAGAACAAAUUCCAGAAGUUUUUUUACAGAAUUCUUUUGUUUUCACGUUUCUGUAUGAAGCUUUUUUUGUUAUGGAUCCAACCACAUUGAGCUGUACUUAAGUGAAAUGCAAAUGUGCUCCAAAAUGCUAAUAAAUUAAUAUAAACAUGCUCUUAAAGUGAGUUAAGAUCUUUUACUUUAGAACUAACAAAUACAGUGAUUAAAAGCACCCUGCUAGUCUUAAAAUUGGGAUAAUGCUAAGAGCCUUUACCCUUGCUUCUCUUAGAACUUUUCACCACUAUCCAUUGGUGAAACUCCAUUGACUGCAGUGCAGUUACUCCUGAUUUACAGUAGUCCCACAAGAGAAUUUGACCAGGAUAUGAAUGAUUUAUAAAAGUCCUUCCUACUGUGUAUUCUGUCUGAUAAAAGAGUAGUUACUGGGUAUGAAAAAAUGAUUGUAUUUCUUACCUGGCUGGUUGAGUACUGUUGAAAUGCUAGUACAAUUCAAUUAAUCCAGUGUAUUAAAAUUACUAUUUCUGUGAUGCAAAACUGAAGAAGAGUUCUUAUAUUUUUCUGAAAUGACUCUCUACUUCAAGGAUUUUUUAUUUUAUUUUUUUAAAGUAUCAACUGCAUGGUAAAGUAGCCAUCCUUCAUACGUAGGCUGCAUUAUAAACGCUGUGAUGCUUAAUGCACCUGAAGUAAAACAAACAUAAAAGCAAAACCAGGCAACAUAUGGAAAACAUUAUUAUUAUUCACAAACUGGAAAAUGUUUCCAGGAACAGUUUGAAGUUUCUGGCUGCUUUACCUAAUUACAGGUAUUGUAGAACUUUCUAACAUUGCCAUUGACUUCUUCUGUGGGACUUGUUCAUCGAGUAAACAGUACUAAAGAAACAGAGUUGGGCAAAAUUGGCCAAAUACAGUUUUAGAAAAAACUGGACUACAGCACACUAAAUUCUGUUACAAUUAAUUAAAUAAUGAAAAGCGGCAUUAUGAGCAGCCUUGUGUAAGACUGGUUACAUUUGAGAUGUUUAUUCACUAGAAAAUUAAAUAAUGCAGAGCAUGGAAGAGCUGAAGACCAUUUAAGAUAUUCAAAUAAAUUUUCUUAAACAAUGUUAAGCACCUGUUAAUACAGCAUAUAUUGUAUGGUGCUACAAGACAUCCUUUUUUCAGCUUUGAGAGGUGAGUCUGAUGUUAAUUUUGCUAUCAAAUAAAAGUCACAUGAGGUUUUUUUCCUGCUAGUUUCAUGAAAGUUUUUUCAUGACAGAGCAGGUUCUUUGUUUAAUACUGAUACAUGCUGCUGUAAUUCUUUAAGAACUAUUUAUACUAUUCAAUUAUAUUGAACAAAUAUUGGGAAACAGUUCAGUAUGCAACAGUAUCUUUAUACAGAUCU